AUGGUGACCGAGUUGGAUGUUCUAGAAGAAGCGCAACAAAGAGACUAUACUGGACAAGUAGAAAGCCUCGAAACAUCUGUAGACGAAUUAAAAAUCUCUGUGAGAAAUUGCGAGGAAAUGUUACGAGGAGACACCACCAUCGAGACCCUAAAAUCGCAACAGGCGAAAAUUGAAAGGUUUAAAGGUGUUCUAAGAGCAACAAAAAUGGACGUUUUUAAGCCUUGCCACGUUUUCUACCUUAAAGAUACGAAUUACGUUCAGAAUUUGACAAGUACAGAUCCAGGUAAAGUAUUCGUUAGUAAAACUGAUCCACUAAGAUCAUAUGUGAAAGGUUAUGACUCAGUAAUAGCUGAGGCUGGAUGUACAAAGAUCUUUGAUAUCAAAACAAUUGAUUCAAAUGGGAAACAGUGUUACCAUAAAAUUGAUGAGAUCAAAGUAACAGUUCGGAGUCCAGUGGAAGGGGACCUCGCCACCAUGAUUGACAACUGGAUGUCACCUGGGACAUAUAGGGUCAGAUACACACCCAAUCGUGUUGGAGAACACGAGGUGACAGUUUUUGUUAACGAUCAACCUCUUCCUUGUAGUCCAUGGAGGGUACAUGUGGCUCCACACCGGUAUAGAUUCUCAUGUGAUUUCCAGCCACUUAGAAAGGCAAAACUCAGAGAACCCUGCGCCAUUGUAAUAGACAAUAAGACAGGAAAUUUGGCAGUAGCAGAUCGAAAGAAACAAAUAGUGCAACUGUUCAGCACAUGUGGUUUUCAUAUAACUGAAUUUGGUCAAAAUGGACCAAAACUAACAGAUCCCACCUCAGUUGCAUUCAACCGUUGUGGUGACGUGCUGGUUACUGCCUCUGGUUCUAUCUAUUGUUUAACUGUCCGUGGUCAAUCUGCAGAGUUUAUUAACAACAAAGAAAUCAAGUUCCCAUUCUCGUUGACUGUGAUGGCCGCCUGAUAGUGUGCGACUUAGGUGACAAUUCCGUCAAGGUCCUCUCUCCUGAAGGUACAGAAUUGUUACAGUCCUUUAGAGUACCAGACUGCGAUGAAUCCCCGUGGGAAGCUGUUAGUCACCAAGACAUGUUCUUCGUGUCAUACCCCACAGCUGGUUGUGUUAAAACUUUCAACAAGGAUGGGGACUUUCUCUAUGAUAUUGGCAAUGAGAUAGCAGGUGAAGGUCAAUUGAGUAAGCCCCGCGGACUUGGUGUUGAUACCUAUAACAACCUGGUGGUUUGUGACGAGGAAAACAAAGCGUUAAAGGUGUUCAAACUGAAUGGAACAUUUCUAAACAUGGCUAGCAACAAAAAUCUGGACUGUCCUUGGUGUAUAGCAGUUAGCUCGUGUACUCGAUGGCCAUUGCUUUAUAUUACUGAUCCCAAAAAGAAAAGCAUCGUAACCUUUGAGUAA